AUUAUGCGACGAGCGCACCGUUAGGCUCUGUCCUGGCGAAAGAAGAACCCUUGUCAUAGCCCCAUUUUGCAUGUUUCUUGGUGUGUUUGGGAGGGGGGGGGGGGGUUUGGUGGUUUCCGCUUUUUAUGGUCGUGGUCCAUACUCAAAGUGCCAUUCACAGGAGCUGUGUCAUACAUUUCGAUCACUUUCUCCUUCGAAUCACAAUGGUUAUUACUGGAAACUCGAGUGAGUCUGUCGCCACGUUCGGUUCAUGGACACGACCACAACUCCUAUUUCUACUAGCGAGUCUUAUCCCUUUCGAUAUCACAUCAGCAUAUGUCUCUUGGUUCAUCGGGAUUACGAAUGGCCUUUCAGGGUUUUGGGGGCUAAAGUCUUGGUUUUUCGCGCGCAUUCGGAACAGAUUCACUAAGGAGAAGCGCUCAUAUUUUGGGACAAUCUUGAUACCGGAGGCGGAGAGUCAUACUUUCAAGCACGCAUUCGCACGACUUGGUUUCGGGGUUCUUUUGAUCGAUCUUUCCUUGUCUAUCUGCACUCUUGAUUCCCCUUCGUUUAGACCCAUUGCAUCGCGGCGCAACUCCACACACACACACACACACACACAGCACCACUAGGCUUUGUUCCUAUUUAUGAUAAUGAGGUGGAUUGGUGACGAUGGUCUCGCCGGAACGAGGGCUAGCUUGAGCCCUCUUCGUUGGCCAGGCGGUACCUUUUUCUGUUAGGAAAUACCCCGUGAAGAUGGAUGUAUGUCUCUGUAAUCGACAGAAGGACCUGAUUGGAGGAUGACAAAAUCAUGCGUUCUGCUUCGUUUCGUCGUU